AUGGAGCAACAAUACAAGAAAUUUCUGGAAGUCUUUAAGAAGCUCCACAUCAACAUCCUGUUGGUCGAUGCUCUAUUCCAGAUGCCCAGCUAUGCAAAGUUUCUGAAGGACAUAUUAUCAAAUAAACGCAAGCUAGAGGAUCAUGAAACAGUAAUGCUAACCGAAGAGAAACUAGGAUUGGGAGAGCCUAAAGCAACUAUAGUAACUCUACAGCUGGUUGAUCGAUCACUUACACAUCCACGAGGAAUUAUCGAAGAUGUAUUGGUCAAAGUGGAUAAACUUAUAUUCCCAGCGGACUUCUUAAUUCUGGACAUGGAAGAAGACAAGGACGUGCCUAUCAUAUUGGGGCGACCAUUUUUGGCAACUGCAAGAGCUCUCAUAGAUGUGCAACAAGGACAAUUGACUCUGAGACUGGGUGAGGAGCAGGCCAUUUUUAAUGUUUUCAAAGUAAUGAAAUAUCUCACCGAGCCAGACAACUGUUUCCAGAUUGAUGUGAUUGACAUAGGAAUCCCCUACAAUUACGAAUUGAAGAAACCGCCAGACAUACAGGAGCCUGAUAUGAUGCACCCUCAAUCCAUUCUCACUGACUCAAAGGAGAUCGAGGUAUACACCGUGGAGACUCAAACGGAUGAUGAGGGAGAGUUACACCACGUGAAAAAGGACAG